UAUAGCACAUUAUAGUGUUGCUUCCCUUAGUGCUCACAUCAAAUCGACCAUGAAAUUCCUCAUCAUUCUAACCCUGGCUUCAGUGGCCACCGCGGCAAAGCUGGACAACGUCUACCUCCCCCCUCACUCCAGCUCUUCCGGAGGCCCCGAGUCAGACCUCCAGGCACCCUUCGAGAGCCCCCAAAAUUUCGCAACGAACAGAAAUAGCCAAGCAUCAGGCAACGACUUCGCUUCCAAUAGAAACGGCCAAUCAAACUUUGGAGCCAAUAGAAAUGCCCAAAACUAUGCUUCAGCCAAUGGAAUCCAAUCUUCUGGCAAUAACGUGGAGAUACUGAAAUAUGAUAACCAGAUUGAUGAACAAGGAUAUCAUUAUGCUUACGAAACCAGCGACGGAACCAAAGUGGAGCAAGAUGGCCGCGUAAUCCCAGGUCCAGUGCCAGAAGAAGGAUCACUACAGGUCGCCGGCUCCUACUCCUACGUCGGUGAUGACGGACAGACAUACUCUGUGACGUACGUCGCGGACGAGAACGGUUUCCGUGCCGAGGGAGCCCACCUACCCACUCCGCCUCCGAUCCCUGAAGCGAUCCUGAAGAGUUUGCAGCUUACUGACUCGUCUCGUGCUCACUACGACAGUAAGAAGAGUAGUUACGACGCAGACGCCGGCUACUGACCAAUUGGAUUCAAUCAAAUAUUACGUAAUAGUAUAGUUCAUUGGGUAUUUUCCCACUCAGUUUUAAAAAUGUCCUAACACAAGAAAAUCACUGCGUAAAAUCAUAUUUACCAAUCGAAAUAAAAAAUUAAAACUUAUCUAAUAAUAAACUCAAAACCAAACAAACAUAAGAUUAAGUGAUAUCUUGAAUUUGGGCAUUAUCACAGUGAAUAUGUUACGGCUAAAACCUGAAAUGCGACUACAGAUGUAGCUAAUAACAUAUUUUGUACAUAGAUAUGUACAAAAUAUGUUAGCCCGCUAAAUCUAGAUUUAGCCGGCUAAAUCAAAGUAGACACCACUUCGGAGUUUAGCCGUAAAAAAUAUACAAAAUUAAAAAUGUUAACAUAUUUUGUUCUAUGACACAAAAUGUGACGAAGUCGACUUUAAAUUGGUACAGUCAAGCACAGAUUAAUUUGAUUAAUUUGUACAUUUUAAUUUUAGUGUUAAACUGAUAUGUGGUUGAUUGGACAAUGGUCAUUAUGUGUGUGUUCAUGUAGUUGUUAAUGUACCUAAGUUGUUAAUUAUAUAAUGUAAAUAUUA